AGCAGGCCCUGGAGCCAAGCACUGGUGUCGGGCGUCCCGCCUCGAAGCAGUAGGCGGAGGAAGAGGGCAGAGGACAGAGGACUCCGCUUGCAGCUGAAAUUCAGCGAGCGUCUCGCCUAGGCUCGGCUUCCUGCCUCUGUGCAAUCCGGGAGCUUGGCUGCUUGGACAUUCCUAGUAUCCCAUAUCUCCUGCCCCUCAGACCCCAGUCCCCAUGGCCAGAGGAAUCUGGGCCCUUGCGAUCCUCGCUGCCUUCUUGAUCCAAGGCUUCUCUUCGCUCCCGGCUCCCCAGAGGGCUCAGCGCCACACGGACGGUGCCUUCACAAGCGAGCUAAGCCGCCUUAGGGAGAGCGCUUUCGUUCAGAGCUUGGUCCGUGCGCUAGUCGGCCUGGGGCCCAGGACCCAGAGACACUCGGAUGGCACCUUUACCAGCGAGCUCAGUAAAAUAAGAGGGACUGCCCAGGUGCACCGGCUUAUACAGCAGCUGGUGGGUAAGCGCAGGUCAGUCAGAGCCCCAGAAAAGGCCACUGGAAGGAGCUCCACGGGGAAAAAUGGGCCCCCAGUUCCCUCCUGGGAGGAUUCACUUUGCCUGAAGUGGCUGCCUCUGUUCCUCGCACAGGAUGGUGCAGUCCUUCGAGGAACAUCCACCAGGAGUGCCUGUCCCUUGCUUCUCGAAGCUAUUCCUUGGCCAGAGGCUGAGCCUGAAAGGAAAGGAGCCUUUGUGUGGGAGGGGACUCAGAGCCAAAGAAAUUGGCGUCUAUGAUUCAAUA